CUAUUUAUUUUCUCUCCGACCACCAAUGGCUACUGGAUCUCUGUUACUCCAUUCUUCUUCUUCUUCUUCUUGCACUAAAUCUUGUUGUACUUUGAGCAUUCCUCAAUUACGUGGGGCCAAAUCUAGGACACCCAACCUCGGUUUCCGUACACUUGGCUUCGGAAAGCAGGCCAAAUGGGAGAGCUUGGGGUUGAAAUCAAGAAGAAGACCGAAUGAUUCGGUUUCGAAGAACGGGGUGGUGCGGUGUGCGGCGGAGGGGAUAGAAAGAAGGGUAUUGGCCCGUGAAUCCGCCCUGAGGAUACCGGAAAGGUUCAAGGUGGUGUGUUUAAUGGCUUGUGUUAUGUGUUUAUGUAAUGCUGAUCGAGUUGUGAUGUCGGUUGCCGUUGUUCCGCUCGCCGAUAAGCUUGGUUGGUCCAGUUCUUUCCUCGGCAUUGUUCAGUCAUCUUUCCUAUGGGGAUACAUAUUCUCUUCUGUGAUUGGAGGAGCUUUGGUGGACAAAUAUGGAGGCAAAAGAGUGAUGGCAUGGGGUGUUGCCUUGUGGUCUUUGGCCACACUUCUCACUCCAUGGGCUGCUAAUCACUCCACCAUCGCUCUCUUGGCGAUUCGUGCCUUCUUCGGUCUAGCUGAAGGCGUUGCCCUUCCUUCCAUGAGCACCAUCUUAUCAAGAUGGUUUCCAGGACACGAAAGAGCUAGUGCAGUCGGGAUUUCGAUGGCAGGAUUCCAUCUCGGAAACGUUGUGGGUUUAAUUUUGACACCAAUCAUGUUGUCAACCAUUGGCAUCACCGCGCCUUUCGUUCUCUUUUCGUCUCUCGGGCUGCUAUGGUUGUCAUCAUGGGUAUAUAAGGUUACAAGUGAUCCUAAAGAUAGUUCAUUCAUCAGCAAAUCCGAGCUAAGAUCGAUCCAGGCUGGGAAAAAUGAUCCUCCUACAACUACUGCCGACCUUCCACCUAUAGGUCUCCUCUUUUCAAAGCUACCAACAUGGGCAAUCGUAUUUGCUAAUGUAACCAACAAUUGGGGAUACUUUGUUGUCCUCUCAUGGAUGCCAGUUUAUUUCAAGACUGUGUUUAAUGUGAACUUGAAACAAGCAGCAUGGUUUAGUGCAGUUCCAUGGGGGACAAUGGCUGUUUCGGGUUACAUCGCAGGAGCGAUAUCGGAUUCUCUAAUCAAGGCCGGAUACUGUAUAACAUCGGUUCGAAAGAUCAUGCAGUCUAUAGGGUUCAUCGGCCCCGGGGUGUCAUUGCUCUGCUUGAAUUUCGCAAAGUCACCAGAAAUCGCUGCCGUAUUGAUGACAGCAGCCCUGAGCUUGAGUUCUUUCAGCCAGGCUGGUUUUCUUCUCAACAUGCAAGACAUUGCACCUCAAUAUGCAGGAUUUCUCCAUGGCAUAUCAAAUUCAGCAGGGACACUGGCUGCCAUAAUCAGCACCAUCGGAACCGGCUAUUUCGUACAGUGGUUAGGAUCUUUUCAAGCAUUCCUCUCCGUCACAGCCUGCCUCUAUUUCAUUACAGCCAUCUUUUGGAAUCUCUUUGCAACUGGGGAGCGAGUUUUCUAGUAUUAUCGAUAGAUAUAAAUAGAUAACUGAGA